AUGCUGAUGAUCGACUGCCGCAGAAAAGACGGGCUCCACAUCCGGAGGAGCUGCAGCAAACUGCACAUGCACUACCUGAGCCCUGUCUCGUCAGAGCACCUCGGGCUCGACCUAACACAGAACACGGAGGCAGCCAUGCAGGCCGCGCGGAUAAACUGUCAAACCACAGCCGCGCUCGCCAUGCGGGCUAUGGCCUAUAAGACAGAGGCUGCCCGUGUGGUCGCGCUGGGCCUGCUGGACACAUUGCUUCAGACACUGCAAGCUGCCACCGUGCUUCACUUCGCGAGCAUGGCAUGGGGCAUCAAGAACAGCCUUCUCGAAGCUCCAGCAGAAGCCGUGAAGCGUUUGUCUCCGCCAGCCCCCACACGGGGCGACAAACGCCAGGCGGAGAUGAACGAGGAACGGCAGUUUGUCAAUCGGGUCGGGAAACACGAGGUCACAGUCCGAGCCGCAGCCGAUGAAGAAGAGGUGGAGAGCGAUCUGGCCCAGCUCACCAAGGAAGUCGAGGAGAUGCACCCGUGGGACUUGGCGCGGGGAACCAAGCGGGCAGUUCUCGGAGGCGGUGGCGCAUUCAACGGCCUCCUGACGCAGUGCAGACACGACCCUCAGCUCGUCCUGCCCGGAGGCGCAUGGGUUCUGACAUCGCUGCCCGACAUCUGGAAGGGACUUGAGGACAAGCAGUGCUAUGUCUUCGCGAACGGCGUCAACAUCGUGGGUAGGGUUGCCGUGUGGCGCAGCCCGGUCGUGCAACCGGGAGACAUCCAGGUAUGGGAGGCAAAGGAAUGGCCUGCCCACCAACGCGCCCCGCCGAGGAACUGCAUCGUCUGCACAGUGCGUGGGCCUGGCGUCACGGCGCUGUCUGGCGGAGAUUCGGAUGGCGACACAGUCUUCGUGACCUUGAACGCCGACCUGAUCGAGUUCCUGGACCACACGGAGCCGGCUGUGGCAGCUUUGGACCUCGAGGGCGCCGCGCAGCCAAAGAAAGAACUCGAGCAGGAAGACAGGAUUCGGUUUUCCCUGUGUGAGGAUAGGACUCCAGAAUAUUUGCGGUACAUGCUUCGCGUGCCAACGCUCAACGUCCGUGGCCUGGCAACUGCAAUGGCAGAAAAAUGCCAGCAGGCGGUGUGUGAGUCGCCAGGAGAUCCGGCCAAGUACCAGUGCAUGCUGCGCGUGGGGUUUCUCUGCCAUGCAGCCUACGACUGCCCCAAGAAGUUUUCUGGGCAGUACGUCUUGGCCGCCAUUCGCCGCGAGAUGCGUGCAGCAGGCAUCGCGCAGAGCACCUUCCGUUCCACGUUUGCAUUUGCGUGGACUCUGUGCUCACACGGCCUUCCACCCUACCAACGUAAGCCGUGGGAACUGAAGCCAGUACAAGCCCUGCUGAAGGAGGAGAUCAACGCGAAGAGCCUGGAGCUUGGCCGGAUUUGGUUCCCGGGCGACAAAAUCGUUUUGGGAGCACGCGCAGGUCGGUGGAUACGGUGCAUCUGGUUGAACAUGAAGCGCAAUGAGGCGCUGGCCUGGCGUCGGGAAGCCCGCACAUGCCCCCUGCUGGAGAUUGCCUGCCUGUUACACCACGCCCUAGGCCGUGAACAGUGGCGCCAGGAGCUUCUUUCAGAAGAGCACAUUGCCUCCCUGCAGCUCGCUAUGCAGAAUUUGCACUCCGGCCGGGCCAUCAGCACGCUCCGCGGGCUCCUGGACAGCACCCUGUUCUGA